UUCAAAAAAGUAAACAAAUCCACAUGGAGUUGAAGUCGAUUUUAAAGACUCAUUAAAUAAUUGAAUUUAAAGUACUUUUCAACUUAACUAUCCUCAAAAAUGGAUCACGCUGAAGGACUUCGAUCGUGGCUUCAAAACAACUAUGAAACUUUUCCCGAAAGUUUAAAUUUUGGAAUGAAAAUUAUUCAAUCUCCAGAAUUUCCAUUAAACACAAAGUAUGAAACUGUUUUUGAAUAUUUCUGCGAAAAGUUGCCCGAGUAUCGCAAAACUUUGAUAAAAUCAGGAGAAAAUUUCGACGAUGGAUGGAAAGUUGUGAAUCAAUUUCUUUCGAUGUCUUUUCCAUCAACUGCUAUCAGUGUGAGAAUGCAAGAAACAAUUGUCGAAACAAUUUGUACAGAAGCUAACAAGACAUCAAAGUCUCCAAACAAAGGAAUUCUCGAAAGUCUCGUGAAAAUCAUCGAGCAUAAUUGCUACAAAAAAUUCUUCAAAGGAAAUUUGGAGAAAUAUGCAAAUGUCAUUGCUACAAUAUUUGAAUAUGCUUCGAGCAAGGCAUUCUUUGAGGAUGUUGACAGUAAUUUACUUCAAAAAAUAAUUGAUGAUCUUGCUCAUUACGUUAAAGGAGCACGUAUCAAUACGGAUUUCCGUCAAAUGUUUUAUGAAACGAUUCUUGGACCAUUUACUGCUUUUGUCAACACUCAAGAACAACAUGAAAUCCCGUCGUCUCGAACGGAUUUGCUCAAUUUCUUGCAACAAUUGUAUUUUAUCGAAGAAAAUUUGGAGCUUUAUACUAAAAUAAUUGAUGGCGAAACAAAUGAAGACCUCGUCAAUGUUUUUGACACGGAAAAUGCAUCGAAAGAGACAUUUUUUGUUUUGAUCGAAGGCUUUUUAAGAGCUUACAAAACCGUAAAUUCAUCAUUUUUGGAAUUUCUUUUCGAACGUCUUUAUAAUCCAGCAUUAGAAGUUCUUUCUGUCGAAGAUUGUCUCGAAUCGACAAUUAAUUUCAUCAAAUUAUUGAAAAAAUAUGAUAUCAAGAUACGUAAACAAGAAGUCGUAGAUGAAGUUGACAUGAUCGAAUAUUUGCGUGAAAAGAUGGAAAAUAUUUGUACUGAAUACUAUGAGACAAUGACGAGCAAAGUGUUGGAAUUGGUAGUUACGACAGUUUCUUACAAUCCAUUGAUCAUGGAGAGAAGAUCGUUUUCUGUUUUGGUAAAUUGCAUGUUUGUUACCAAAGGAACAAUGGCAAUCAACGAGUUGUAUGAGAAAUUCGUAAAAACCAUCAUUCGUAUGACGAACGAUUUACGACGAGGAGAAUAUUUUGUCGUUUAUUUGAUCAAAGCUGUAAGAGAAAAGCUCGAAAGUUACGAAAUUCCAAAGAAAUUGAAACGAAAAGCUCUGAAUGAUGGAAAAAGCAGUUCGAAAAAACAAAAACAAGGAAACGGCGAAGCAACAGAACUCAAUUCGUCAACUUCUGUAUUAGAUGAAACGCUUCUCGAACCAAAUGAGACAUCAAAAUUUAAAGAAAUUGCAUAUGCUUGGCCUUAUGAUGCAACGAGUGAAGAGUUUUCUCAUCUUAUAUCGCUUUUAACGUCGCGACAAAUGAUGACAGCAUGGAGACUUUUGUGUGAGUUCUUGAAAGAAGAACUUUCAACUCUCGAUUCAUCUGCAACGGAAAACAAAUUGUUCAUCAUUGAUUUGCUUUCGUGUUUGUUGUGUCAAUUUUUAUCAAACAAUCAACUUGCAGAGCAAUCACAUCUCUAUUGGGACGUCAUUGUCGAACGAUGUGAUGUAAUGAAGGAUCUUUUGAAGACUUUUGGCAAGGCACUUCUUCAUAUGGAACACAAUCGACGUCUCAUCAACGCUUUUCUCUCAAUUUCCUAUGAAUUCAGUAGUUUUGAGUCCCUUUUGUGGAAUUAUUGUCCUGACUCGAUAGCAACUGACAAAACUCUGAAAGAGCAAUAUCCUGAUUUGCCGGAAUUGGAUUUGAAGAAGCAAUCAAAACAACUUUUCGACUAUUUGGAUCAAGAGGAAUGGAAAUUAAUCGAGCAACGAAUCAAAAAUUUCGGAAAAUUCGAAUGCUGUUACAACAUUGGACUUAUUCACUUACAAAAAGUGCAUUCUGCAUUGUUAUUCGAAGGCAACAAAGGAUUCAAGAAGAACUGGAGUAAUUUAGUUGAUCUUGUAAUGUCUGACGAAAAAUUAACAAUUGCCUUAUUGAACGACGAUGCCGUUAAUACUUGGUUUAUCGAACAUUUGGAUAGAAAACAAUUAACAAAAGUAGCGGAAAUGUUGCUAAAAACACCGCAAACACAAAAAAUUUCAUUCAUCAAGAAAGAUUUCAUGGAAAUAUCGGAAAUGGCAAAUUUAGUAUCUUUAAUGGCAUUCAAAGAUAUUUGUUCAACGAAGAAAUCAACACUUGAAAAUAUCGAUUUUGCUGAAAUUUUAGAACUAAAUGUUACUUACGUGACUUCUGCUAUUAGUGAGGCACUUUUGAAAUCUGAAAAAACGAAAGAAGUUCGACACGAUUCGACAAAUAUUGAUCUUUUGUGUCAUUUACCUCUUGGAAAUGUUUCGAGGGAAUGCAAAACUAUCAUUUUUGGGCUUUUGUUGGGACUUUUAACUGACUUGGGUACAAGCGAAAGUCACAUUGAUGAACGUAAAAGAGUUAUGGGAUGUUUAUCGGUAUUGCUUCACUUCCCAGAUGACUUCCCUGAUAUCUUUCAAUAUUACACAAUUGAUCUUCUAUUGACGACUUUAACACAAAUCGAUGGAGAAAAAGAACUUCUUCAUGAUAUUUUCAACCAAUCAAUCUUUUACAUGACUGAUGUAACAUACGAAACUAUCAAAAAAUUCGUUAAAAGACUGAAGAAGGAUGCUUCCAAGCCAGUUCUUGAUCUUUGUACUGUUAUAUUGAAAUGUUUAUCAACUGUUCAUUACAUCAAAAACAAGCAAUUUACAAAAGAUGAACUCGAAAAACUUGAGUACAAAUAUGCUGAUGCGAUAUUUUCAUAUAUAACUUCGGAAAUUGCAACAGAAAAUGCUGAAGAAUUGUCAAAAUCUGAAAAAAAGUUUAUCAAGAACUCGAGUGAAUCGUUUCAAGUUUUGUUAAAGUCCUAUAUCGGUAGAAAAAAUAAGACGGAUGAUCUUGUAGAAGAACAUAACAAACUUUUGACGAAAUAUUUAAAAGCAAUGGGUUCUAAUGGCGAUGAUGAAAAUACAAAUUUAGCAAUAAUAAUUCUUGAAAACAAAACGAAAUUCCAACUUGAAUCAGAGACAAUUUCUGGAUUACUUCAACGUUUAUGGGACAAAUUUAUCCAAAUCUUGUCUAUUGAGAAAAUUGAUCAAGGCUCUGCUUUGGAUAAAGCGAAGAAAAAUAUAAUUUCUCUCAUUUUCGGGCUCAAAACAAAAGAAGAACUUGAAACAAUCUGCAAAGAAAUUGAAGAAACUGUAAAAUCCGCUCCAACAAAUUUCCAAUCUGUAAGUCACGCCACACGAAUUUUGCUUGAAAUCGCUGAACAUGGAAUCAGCAAGAGCAAAACUAACGAUGCUUUGGAGAAAAACAACACUUUUGGUAUCUAUGCAAGACAAAUUUUGUCUCAAAUUGUCUCGCACACGUUUGAAGACAAAGUUUUAACGUCUCAAGAAUGCGUUUCGUUGGUAAAGGAAAUCCUUCGAACACAAAUUGCCGUUUCUUCGAACAUUCGAGUUCCUAUUUCAUCGGAUAUGGUAAACGAAUGUAUUAGUUUCAUGUUGAAAAUUAACUUGAAAAACCUAAAAGUUGUUGAUAUGGAAAGCGUUACAACAUUUGUCGAUCUUCACAAAUUGAUGGCUGAAUUGAUGUUCAUUUUAGUGACACAACGAUCCGAUCAAACGAUGAAUUAUUUGCCUUCAUUGUUGUUAUUGUUCAAAGAUUUGCUUUUAGUUAUCAGUUUGUACAGAAGUGAACGCCCCAUGGAUGAGGCUUUGAAUAAUUCGGAAAUUUCGUUGUUAGCUGAUUUGGCACAUAAACUUGAAAAGAUAACGAAUCAACUUAUCAAACACGAUAGAGCACUGAAAUUAGUUACUCCUUUCCUCAUCACGUCUGUGAUCGAAACAAUGACCGCAAGCAAACGUUCAACGACUUUACAUGACAAAGUGAAAAACAUUUUUAAGAAUAUUUGUUACUCUUUGAUCGACAUAACUGACAGUCAUCAUCAUAAAUUCAUCCUCAGAAGUAGCGAAGAAGCGACGCGAGACAUUUACAACUUAUUGUAUAAGGAAUAUCAGAAAUUCAGAGCCUUCAGAGGAAAAGUUUAAAUCUUUUAUAUGCAAAAAAUAUAUUUUUACGAUAGAAUUACAAUCGAUAUUGUAUAAAAAUAG